AUGGUAGUUUAUCGUGGAGAUAAGGUAUCGGCAAAGAAACUUGAUGAAUAUCGUCAAGCAGCUGGAAAUAAGAAGAAAUGCUUCAAAUGGUUAUGUUUUGUAUCAACAUCAACAAACGUAAAUAUGGCUAGCAAAUUCAUCAAAAAUGUUCUUUACGAAAUCGAUCUUGGUCGUUACAGAUGGAAUGAUCAAUUCGCCGAUAUAUCAAGUAUAUCAGUUUUCGAAACUGAAGAUGAAAUACUUCUAAGACCAGGUGUUCGUUUUUGUGUUGAUAAGGUUGAAAGACAAUCGACUACUGCUCGUGAACUUGUGUUUAUUCAUGUUCUUCCAUCAUACAUAUCGACUGUGUAA